UUAAGAAGAAGAAAGAAGAGAUAUCUGUUGAGAUUACAAGUUUACAACAAUGGCGUCGUCUCUUUCAUUUGCUCAGAGUGCAUUUGUUUGUUCACAAUCACACCAGUUCUGCAAUUUCCGUCCCAAAUUAUCAUCAUCAUCUUCAACAUUUGGAGCUGCUUUAACAAUUGAAGCAAAGACUAGAACUAGAAGAGAAGACAGACAAGCUCGCCAUGUUCGUAUCAGAAAGAAGGUUGAAGGGACACCAGAGAGACCAAGAUUAUCUGUUUUUCGUUCCAACAAGCAUAUAUAUGCCCAGGUCAUAGAUGACUCUAAAAUGCAUACCCUUGCUUCUGCGUCGACGAUGCAGAAGGCCAUCUCUGAGCAGUUGGAUUUUACUGCUGGACCUACCAUUGAAGUAGCAAAGAAGGUAGGUGAAAUCAUUGCCAAGUCCUGUCUAGAGAAAGGAAUCAUGAAGGUCGCUUUUGAUCGUGGUGGUUACCCAUACCAUGGACGUAUUGAAGCCCUUGCAGAUGCAGCGCGGGAGCAUGGCCUCCAAUUCUGAACUCUGUUAGGUAGUUGUGUUUCUAGUUGGGAGCACAGUACAUUACUCUUUUCUCUUUGUUACUGGCAAUGGACAAGCUUAUUAAGUUAUGAAUGAGGUUUUUCCCUUUCAGUCCUUCAAGCUUUGCUAAAUCUUGGAGAACUUUUCUGAAUCCCUCAUGUUUGUAGUCUGAAUGUACUGCAGUUCUGGUUGAUUUUCA